AUGGCGACCAGGUUGGCGAAGGGGAGCAGAGUGGAGGUGAUGCGGCGAAACGCCGACGACAGCCGCACACCUCCGUAUUCAUGGCGCUGCGGCGAUCUCCUCUCAUUCAAUUCCCAGCAGUUCAUCGUUCGCCUGGACGACCCCGAGGUGCCGGUGCAGUGCGUGUCGAGGGAUUGCAUCCGCCCGUGCCCUCCUCCCUUCGUCGGCCGCUUCCGGUGGAAAGCCGGCGACCCGGCCGAAUUGUUCGAGGACCACGCGUGGUGGCCGGCGAAGGUCGUCGACGUGGAUGAUCGCCGUAGGGUCGUCGACGUUUGGCGCUGGAACUCGGCGACGCAGAUCCGAGUUCGCCCGUCCAAGCUUCGGCAGAGGAAACAAUGGAUUCACGCGAAGUGGUCUGUGAUCGAUAAGUCUGAGGCGGAAGCAGAGGUUCCUUCUCAGCCGUGCGAGGACAGAGAGUCCUGCAACAUGUCCGGUCGGAAGAGGAUGAGUCCGUCGGAGGGAGAGGUGGAGAGCCGUCCCUGCCGGCGCCAAGUUGUUUUCUGGACGUCUUCGGUGGAUUAUUCCAGUGAUUCGACAUCGUCGUCUUCGGUGGAUUAUUCCAGUGAUUCGGCAUCGUCGUCUUCGACUGUUGAACAAUGUGUAAAUGAUUUGAUUAAGUAUAUAUUAGAAAAACAAUUAUAUGUAAAGUGA